AUGACGGAGACCUACUCAUAUAUUUUCGAAUCAGUGGAUCUAGUGCAGAGAGACGAUGAUGGAUGUGUCUCUAACUGUCCUACGUUACCCGACUGUGUAUGCAGUAACAAGAAUGAGGAAUGUGUCCAAGUGCCUCAAACGUGUGAAAAGUGUGCUUACAACCGUUGUACGACAAAAGAUUCUACAUCCACGUUGAAUACUGGAGCCAUCGUUGGUGGUGCUAUUGGUGGAGCUGUAUUUAUUGCUUUACUUGCUGCAUUGUAUUACUACUUUCGCGUGUACAAAAAGAGACCACCAGUGUUGUUGGACGACGAAUAUGAUUAUAGUUAUCAUGACGAUGACACAGAUGGAUUUGUUUCAGAUAAAGGUGGAGGUUAUGCCUUGCAAAGCUUGGAAAGUGCAGGAGCAAAUAACUCAGUGACUAAUCUUCUGAACCAACCAAGUCCUACAGAGUCACACUUCUCAGGAGCUGGUAAGCAGGAUGGUAACCCAAACAAUAGUACUUCUUCGCCAACCCAUGCUCAGUUUGGUAGUAAAGAUGCUGUUGCAUCGUCAGCAGGACAGAAUGGUGCGCAAAUUGGUUCAAAUGGAGCAGCUGCUGGUUCAGCUGCACUUGAACGACCACCUAUGCGUCGAGUCUUGUCUGGUGAAGCAAGAGCAAAGGCUAAGAGAAGGAUAUCAUCUUAUGAGUCAUUUACUCGUCCAAAUGCUCUUAAACUGAAGUCAAAACAGCAGCAACAGUUGGCAGCGCAACAGAGACGGGCAAGACAACAAAAGAUUGUCAAGCAAGCCAACUUACAACAGCAGCAGCAACAGCAACAGCAGCAGCAGCCGCAGCAGAACUUGCAGCCACAUCAACAAAUCUACCUGAACCAUUCACACAGGAGCUCUGUUGCAACUUCGAUAUCCAACGCUUCAAAUAUAUUACCCAUUGCUUACAUUCCUGGUGUGACUGUUCGACCUUCAAAGAACAAUACAGGGUCAUUAUACUCUUAUGAUUCAGAGUCGCUAUUUUCCGAUUUGAAUACGAUUGAGAAUGCCAGUAUUGUCGGAGACAAUGUGGUUGCAAGCCAUGGUCAAGGUCAAGCAGUAGGUGCUGCUCCUGGCGGAAGUAAUGGUAAUGGUGCUUCUGCAAACGGAAACUCAGCAACAAUGACUGCAAUUAAAGCUCAACCUAAAUUGGUCAAUGUAGAUAAGAUUGAAGAGGAAGAGGAAGAAGAUGAUGAAGAAGAAGAAGAUUGGAAUAGAGAGGCAGAUGAUUCGUUUGAUAUAGUGCCUCAUCCUGGGUAUGGCACUAAGUCUAUGCGAUAUGAUUCCGAUGACAGUGAUGUCGAUUCUGAUAUUGGUCAAAUAACAAGAGCUACCUCAGUAAAAAAGUUGAACAAGAAGAACCCAAGUCGUUCAGAUGUAGAGGGCACAACAGUGAUAAGUUCAGACCAUACAUCAAACAGUCUACCCCAUAAUCGCGAAAUCUUGAUGAAUAGUGAAUCUUCACUGAAUAUGUCUCAUAUCCCUGCCGAAAUGAUGAAUUACAAUGAGACUGAUGAUUCGAAUCGAGAUGCUGGCUCUACCGUGGGUUCUUUUCUAUUUGACAUUGGUUUUGACGAUAAUUCGGCGUCUUCGCCAUCGCAAUCCAACAUGGCUUUUGAUGAGUCCAAUCGUAAAGGAAGCCCGUUUGCUGAUGGUAGUGUAUAG